AUGAAGAUACGGACGCGGAACCUGAUCCUGCUGAUUUCCCCCGUAGAUGCCCAGACCCAGGAAGCCGAUCCGGAAACGGACGAGGAACCAGAUAUCGCCAACUACCCGGUUGAACCUACCGGUCAGGAAGCCGUUCCGGAAACGGAAGACGAACCAGAUAAUGCCAACUUCCCAGUUGCGGCUGAGGAGCACGAGGAUCAGGAAGCAAAUCCGGAUACGGAUGAUGAACCGGAUAUCGCCAAUUACCCUGUCCAAGUUGACGAGGAAGACCAAGAAACGGAUCCGGAACCAGAUCCUGAUGAUUUUCCGGUUGAAGAAGCCGGAAAAGAUGCCGGAAUUGGACCUCAGAGGCCGAUUUCGAUGCAGUCAGCCGGUGCUCGGGUCACACCGGAACUGGCAGAUCCGGAAAAUCAGCCAGAUGAUGUACCAAAUGAUGAUGAACAAGAUGAUCCGGAUACGGACCCGGAACCCGAUCCGGAUCAUUUUCCGGUGGAACCUGACUAUGAUGCCGAGCAACAGGACGAUGCUGAAGGCGACGACACGGAUCCGGAACCUGAUCCCGACAAUUUCCCACUUGACGACGGCAAUGAUACGGACCCAGAACCGAUGCCUGAACAAUACCCGACCAGCCCGGGACCCCAUAACGGCUUGCAAAGACUGUCGCUGCAGGACCCGCGAUGGAGUGGCAACCAGCAUCCGGGGGACCGCACGCUCGACUUUGACAUGGCCCAAGAUUUCAGCAUGGGCGACCAGACGGCGGCUGAAUGGUCCCAGCAAAUGAACAUGGUCAGCCCGUCGUGGCAGCGCAUGCAGCCGUAUGAUCAGAUGCAGCAGCCUAUGCAUGGGCCGGAAGGACCUCGCCGUCACAUGCGCAUGGGCCCUGGGCAGAUUCAGUACGAGUUCACCGCCCGAAAGACGGUCACCUACCCGGGCCACAUGCCCAACUACCAGCCCCUCUACGCGCCGAUGGCCGUGCAGCGCUCCUCGCAUCUGGCUGAGCUGCCCAGUCGUCCAGCCAUGAAUGACGGGCCGAUCACCCAGUUCCAAGCGCUGCUCAUGGAGGUGAUCACCAACAGCGAGCGUGAGAGCAUUCUGCGACCGGGCGAAGUGGGCCCAUAUCGUCUGACGCCGUUCCUGAAGCAACAAGUCGCACUGACGCAGCGUGUGAUACCGCAUCUGUCCAAUGGAGAUUCAUUCUACCAUCGCUCGCAAAUGACUCAAAUGAUGCAAGCCGACGCAAAGCGCCGCAGUUUGGUGAUGCACCAGCAGCGCCGAGAAGCGCUCUUGGAUAGCUACAUGAAGAACCAGCAGAGCUUGGAUAAACUCCGGAAACCAUUUGAUCCGGAUCGCAUGACAGUAUGUAUGGAAGUCAGCCAUCAAUAUCACAUCGGCAUGCUAUCGCCGCUGAAGCCGCAACCAGAGGGCACCGAUUCGAUCGUACGCGUAAUCGCUGAUACCGGCGCCAAUGUUGUAUUCCCGGACCGGGAAGAGAGUUCGGCGGUCGAUUCCACGUCCCGGCAAUACAUCGUCGCCGGCAUAGGCAAGGAGAGCUCGCAGAAAUUCCGGAACCAGAUACUCAUUUCCGGCCGUGCACAAUGCGUCAACGAGGCCAGGAAACGAAUCCGAGCGCUCACACCGGUCGUCGUCUAUUUCCCGGUACCCGAUGGACGGCACAAGUACACGUGUGAGACCCUGCGCGAUUGCAUUGAGAAGGCCAGGGCAAUCGGAUUUUUGAGCAAUGUCACCGUCGACAUUCAACUAAUGGCCGUCGAGCAAUCGGCUGAUUUAAACGACCAGCACGCAGCCGACGAUGAACCGUCUGGUGUCGUCGUGCAGGUACAUGGACGUUUUGGUGAUUUGCGCGCCAUUGAUGAUGCUUGCGAAUAUAUUCGCUUGAAAAUCUUCGACACUGAAGAAAGGGAAAGAAUUACCUUCUGCUCGCAGAUCGAAGUCGGCUUUGCUCAGUGUAGCAUGCUUCAAACCGCCGGCUCCAAGCUGGGAAAGCUGAUCUCGCAGACGACUCGCGCUGCUCUGCACUUUCCGCGGCAACCCGAUCAAAACUCGAACUCAACGCUCUUUUGCACGGCGCAAUGCCAGAAAUCAGUGCUGAAGGCUGUGGAACACCUGAUGGCCCUUUCCCCGCUGCAAUUGUUGGUUGAUGUAUACCAGUCCGACGUGCGCAAGACGGGAUGCGAGUUCGACUUCCGUAAUAAUUGGAUAGAACAAUACGUCUCCAUCUUCACUACCGGCAGUGACUAUCAGCCAAAGGGAGCACUUGAGUGCGAGAAGAAAUGCGUGUUCUUUGCGUUUGCAACUGUGGAAAUCAACGCGGCGGAUCUUUUUGGGCUUGCACGAAGCUACUUCGACAAGCGCCUCUUCCACGGAAUCGAUAUGCUCGAAUUUCCAGCGGUGCCACACCUUGAGAAUCUGAAGUGUGCUUCCCGCGAGCACAUUGGACUUCUGCGCGUAGCGUGCGCUGCUUUUCCAAUGGAAGCGUUCGCAACGCCGAAAGAUCCAGAUGAAGAAAUGGCCCGGGAGGGAGAGCAUGCACUGCGCAAAGAUUAUAUGAGCAACAAUUCGCGCUCCCAUGAUGGCGGUCACUAUGGCCAGGGUCAAGGAUCGACAAGCUACAACAGGAACUACGGAAACAAUUUCGAGCGACGCUCCAACUUCAACAGACAGAGCAGCUUCAAUCGCUACAAUGGCAAUGGUGGCGGAAUGAGAAAGGACAACUUCCCGCGUCGCGACAGCUACUAUGCCGGAAGCAAUUAUCAGAACCGGGGUUACGACUACAACAACAAGAUGAGCUACAACCAGAGUGAUUUUUAUCAUCGCGACGCUUAUGGAAGCAACCGCAAUCGCCGGAACUUUCCCACUGAGCCAAACCUCUACGAAAAUACGUCACACCGCGACUGGAACUCUGCCAAGUACGCAAGCGCCAGCUACAAUAACCUCGCGGAGGCACAUCAACAACAGCAUCAGUACAGUCGCCAGCCUAGCUACAACAACGGCCAUAGUCAAGCCAGGUCGAACAAUUCGCACGUAAACAGCUACCCGAGUAAUCUGAACAACUCGCGCAACUCGGAACAAAACCUGCGUCGUAUGCAGCCGCGCCAUCAUUCUGGAGAAAGAAUGCGAAAUGAGCACCAUCAGCGGUACUACAAUGAUCAGCCCAAAAUGGACGGGGCGGCGAAUGAAAUCCGACGCAUUCCGAGUGAGGAGUUCCCUCGUGCCCAGCCGGAACCCGACGAGCGAGCCAAGACGUCGAAAAUAUCGCUGCAGCUCAAGGAUACUACAGAAUCGCCGAAUGUACAGGCCAUGCAUCACAAAGUAGGGGACCGCGUCGAUUACAACCGUGCGCGCCCGGUCCGAUACGACACCAAGAAGCAGUUUCCCAACACCCGCAAAACAGGUGAUUCACGCGCUUCCGCAUAUGGCGCCUUUCCAGCAAUUCCAACCCCGCGAUACGCAAGGGAGGACCACAGCGAUUACGAGGACAACAAGGAGAACCGAACCAGGACCCCGACGCAGCGCUCGCCUACCCUUUCGCCAACAAGCAUGACCAGCUACGCCGAAGUGACGGCGGCCAACAAGACCGGAGAACGGAUGCCGCCUAUGGAAUUGAUCCAGAAAGCCUCUACCGGACAACAUCUUCGCGAGAUGCCCCACGAGCUUCUGCAAGACGACCGCGAAGACAUGGGGCAGAGUGGUCAAGACACGCGCACCUAUGCGCAGAUCGCAGGAUCCAACGAACCGAGGAAGCAGGGUUAUAACCAUCCGAACCAAGUCGACUCGCCGAGUGACGAGUCUUAUCAGUCGGCGUUCGCGAUGGAGGGCGGCGGUCAUCGUGGCGCUGGACCCGUCUCGCCAAGGGCCUCCACCUCUUCUCCUCCAUCGCCCUUCCAUUCCAACGCCCAAAUGCCCCAUCUUCGUCGUUCGACUCCAUAC